CGAUUGGCGCCUUAUACGUCGUCUUCAAAAGCUUCUGAGCAAAAUCUCUAAAACUUAAUCGUUGCGUUUUUCCUCUUGUAAUACGAGUGAAUUGUAAAUAAAAUAUACCUUACGACAACACGACGGGUUACUGCUUUAAUAAUUUUUGUUUUUUAUUAAUGACGUGAUACAUUUUAGGGAGCACAGCCUUAAAGUGGUUUGAGAUCGUGACAUGAGUUAGUGUGUCGAAAUCUUUGAACCUUAAGCUCAUUAUUGCGCUGUUGAUGUGAGUGUUUACAUCUUCGUUAAGAAAAGUGAACAUGUUUUUGUAUGUACUCUGUCUUAUGCUAUGCGUGUCUCUAUGUUCUACGGAUACAUUGACUAAGAAUUUACUGAGAGUAAGCGAUGAAUACUACGCUCAUGGUCGAAACAACGAUUUACCGCCGUGCCGUGAUUGUAGUUGUGGAGAACGUAAUGAAGAACCUAGAAUCGUGGGUGGUUCUUCCACCGACGUGAACGCAUAUCCUUGGACUGCUCGUCUUAUCUAUUAUAAGUCGUUCGGAUGUGGUGCCUCGGUCAUCAAUGACAGAUACGUUAUAACGGCAGCCCAUUGUGUGAAGGGAUUCAUGUGGUUCUUAUUCAAAGUGAAAUUCGGUGAGCAUGAUCGUUGUGAUACUGGCCAUGUGCCUGAAACUCGUACAGUAGUUAAGAUGUAUGUACACAACUUUACUUUGACGGAAUUAACUAAUGACAUAUCACUGCUACAGCUCAAUAGACCUUUGGAGUAUACACAUGCUAUCCGACCCGUUUGUCUUCCUAAAACAGCGGAUAAUUUGUACGUUGGCAAAAUAGCUACUGUCGCUGGCUGGGGCGCCGUCCAAGAAACUGGCAAAUGGUCGUGUACGUUACUCGAGGCUCAGUUACCGAUACUGAGCAACGAGAAUUGUACCAAGACGAAAUAUGAUGUAACAAAAAUUAAGGAAGUUAUGAUGUGUGCUGGAUAUCCAGAAACCGCUCAUAAAGACGCUUGCACUGGAGAUAGCGGUGGACCUUUGUUUAUGGAAAAUAGUGAACACGCUUACGAAUUAAUUGGUAUAGUAUCUUGGGGCUACGGAUGUGCUAGAAAAGGCUACCCCGGUGUUUACACGAGAGUAACCAAAUAUUUGGACUGGAUACGUGAUAAUACACAAGACGCAUGUUAUUGUGAUUAUGCCUUAGGUGAAAAGGCCUUUAAUGAAACAAAAGAAACAACCACUGCGGCAAGUGGUAAUAUUGAGAGUUCCAUAAAUACUAGUAGUAGUACUUCUUCUACUACUACUACUCCUGCUACUACAUUCGAUCAGGAGAUGUUAGAUGAACUAUAUCAAGAUUCGCAAAACAGGUGUAACUGUCGUUGCGGUGAAAGAAACGAGGAAUCUCGUAUUGUGGGUGGAGUGGAAACAUCAGUGAACGAGUUCCCUUGGGUCGCUCGUCUGACUUACUUUAACAAGUUCUACUGCGGGGGCAUGCUGAUAAAUGACAGAUAUAUCCUAACUGCGGCCCAUUGUGUUAAAGGAUUAAUGUGGUUCAUGAUAAAGGUAACUUUGGGAGAGCACAACCGUUGUAACGACUCUCGUCCUGUAACACGUUAUGUAGUACAAGUUGUUGCCCACAACUUUACCUAUCUUACAUUCAGGGAUGAUGUUGCCGUUUUGAGAUUGAACGAGCCGAUCGAAAUAUCAGAUACAAUUAAACCUGUAUGUCUGCCCCAAAUUACCGAUAAUGAUUACGUGGGGGUAAAAGCAAUUGCCGUUGGUUGGGGAUCGAUUGGUGAGCAGAAAAAUCAUUCGUGCACUCUAUUAAACGUGGAAUUGCCAGUGCUUAGUAAUGACGUUUGUAGAAACACUAUGUAUGAGACGAGUAUGAUAGCGGAUGGGAUGCUCUGCGCCGGUUACCCAGACGAAGGACAAAGGGACACUUGCCAGGGUGACAGUGGUGGACCUCUGACUGCAGAGAGAAAGGAUAAACGUUACGAACUGCUGGGUAUAGUCUCUUGGGGUAUUGGGUGUGGAAGACGUGGAUAUCCAGGGGUUUACACGAGGGUUACAAAAUACCUGAAUUGGAUCAGAGACAACUCCCGCCACGGAUGUUUCUGUUCAGACUAAUUUACGAACAGGAAUUAUUAUUUAAUGGACGUGUUUUUAACAUAAAUUAAACGAAAUGUAUUUUAAUUUUUUUGAAUUUACAUUUUAUAUAAAUAUAUUUUACAAACCGA